AUGUCCCCCGGGGGCAAGUUCGACUUUGACGACGGGGGCUGCUACGUGGGGGGCUGGGAGGCGGGGCGGGCACAUGGCUACGGCGUGUGCACGGGGCCCGGCGCCCAGGGCGAGUACAGCGGCUGCUGGGCGCACGGCUUCGAGUCACUGGGCGUCUUCACCGGGCCCGGCGGACACAGCUACCAGGGCCACUGGCAGCAGGGCAAGCGCGAAGGGCUGGGCGUGGAGCGCAAGAGCCGCUGGACGUACCGCGGCGAGUGGCUGGGCGGGCUGAAGGGGCGCAGCGGCGUGUGGGAGAGCGUGUCCGGCCUGCGCUACGCCGGGCUCUGGAAGGACGGCUUCCAGGACGGCUACGGCACCGAGACCUACUCCGACGGAGGCACCUACCAGGGCCAGUGGCAGUCCGGCAAGCGCCACGGCUACGGGGUGCGCCAGAGUGUGCCCUACCAUCAGGCGGCGCUGCUGCGCUCGCCCCGACGCACCUCCCUGGACUCCGGCCACAGCGACCCCCCGACGCCGCCCCCGCCUCUGCCCCUGCCGGGCGACGAGGGAGGCAGCCCGGCCUCGGGCUCCAGGGGCGGCUUCGUGCUGGCCGGGCCAGGGGACGCCGACGGCGCGUCCUCCCGAAAGCGCACCCCAGCGGCCGGCGGGUUCUUCCGGCGCUCGCUGCUGCUCAGCGGGCUCCGGGCAGGCGGGCGCCGCAGCUCCCUGGGCAGCAAGCGGGGCUCCCUGCGCAGCGAGGUGAGCAGCGAAGUGGGCAGCACGGGACCCCCGGGCUCCGAGGCCAGCGGGCCGCCGGCCCCAGCGCCGCCCGCCCUCAUCGAGGGCUCUGCCACCGAGGUGUACGCGGGCGAGUGGCGCGCCGACCGGCGCAGCGGCUACGGUGUGAGCCAGCGCUCCAACGGGCUGCGCUACGAGGGCGAGUGGCUAGGCAACCGGCGGCACGGAUACGGGCGCACCACCCGCCCCGACGGCUCCCGCGAGGAGGGCAAGUACAAGCGCAACCGGCUGGUGCACGGGGGGCGCGUCCGCAGCCUCCUGCCCCUGGCUCUUCGGCGUGGCAAAGUCAAGGAGAAAGUGGACAGGGCUGUCGAGGGCGCGCGUCGAGCCGUGAGCGCAGCCCGCCAGCGCCAGGAGAUCGCCGCUGCCAGGGCCGCCGACGCCCUCCUAAAAGCAGUGGCAGCCAGUAGCGUCGCUGAGAAGGCCGUGGAAGCAGCACGGAUGGCCAAGCUGAUAGCCCAGGACCUGCAACCCAUGCUAGAAGCCCCAGGCCGCAGACCCAGGCAAGACUCAGAAGGUUCCGACACGGAGCCCUUGGAUGAGGACAGCCCCGGGGUGUACGAGAACGGACUAACACCCUCAGAGGGCUCCCCCGAACUGCCCAGCAGCCCUGUCUCCUCCCGCCAACCCUGGCGACCCCCUGCCUGCCGGAGCCCACUGCCUCCCGGAGGGGACUGGGGUCCCUUCACCAGCCCCAAAGCUUGGCCCGAGGAGUGGGGGGGCCCGGGGGAGCAGGUGGAGGAACUAGCUGGCUACGAGGCUGAGGAUGAGGCCGGGCUGCAGGGGCCAGGGCCCAGAGACGGUUCCCCCCUCCUCGGAGGCUGCAGUGACAGCUCAGGAAGUCUUCGAGAGGAGGAGGGGGAAGAUGAAGAGUCCUUGCCCCAGCUGAGGGCCCCAGGAGGCUCGGAGCCCGAGCCUGUGGCCACGCCUGUGCUGAAGGGCCCAUCCUCGAGGGGUCCCGCUGCUGGGUGCCUGCUGGAAGAGCUCGAGGAGCCGGCUGCCACCGAGAGGCCUGCCCAGCCGGGAGCUGCCAACCCCCUGGUGGUGGGAGCCGUGGCCCUCCUGGACCUCAGCCUGGCGUUCCUGUUCUCCCAGCUCCUCACCUGA